AUGGGGCAGUUUCCCGAGCAGUGCGCGCCGGCCGCGGGCAGCACGGUGGCCACGCCGUCGCGCAGCGUCACGCGGCAGUGCAGCGGCUCCACGCCCGCGCCGCUCAGCACUAUGUCCGGCGUCGGGCUCAGCUCCUCGCUGCCGAUCACCGUCUCGCCCUCCUGCCGUAUCAUCGACCUCAUACAGGGUGAUCAACCACCGCCGAACACGAGCCUCCCCCAU